UCCUUUUUCCUGAUGGAAUCUGCAUUUUUAUCUUCUCUUCUUCCAUCGUUGCUUAAUUACUGUUCAUUCACAGGAGGAUCCUAAUCUCUUUCAGGAGUCGCUAUGGCUUCAAAGCGGAUCUUGAAGGAGCUCAAAGAUCUUCAAAAGGAUCCUCCUACUUCUUGUAGUGCUGGACCUGUUGCUGAGGACAUGUUUCAUUGGCAAGCAACGAUAAUGGGUCCUCCAGACAGUCCUUUUUCUGGUGGUGUUUUUCUGGUGACGAUUCAUUUUCCUCCAGAUUAUCCAUUCAAGCCACCUAAGGUUGCUUUCAGGACAAAAGUUUUCCACCCAAACAUAAACAGCAAUGGGAGCAUAUGCCUUGACAUUUUAAAGGAGCAGUGGAGCCCUGCCCUAACGAUUUCCAAGGUGUUGCUUUCAAUAUGUUCUCUUUUGACGGACGCCAAUCCUGAUGAUCCGUUGGUCCCGGAGAUUGCACACAUGUACAAGACAGACAGGAACAAGUAUGAGACAACUGCAAGGAGCUGGACCCAGAAGUAUGCCAUGGGCUAAACAUACCUGUGUAUCAUGGGGUCAAGGGCAUUUUACUUUCAGAUACUUCACUAUUUACAUUCAAUGUACUAAUCUGUUGUUUGAGUUGUAACAUGGAGUCCAUGUCUUAAGAGGAAAGGAAAAUCAUGGACGCUGCUCUUAAAAGUUUGUAUGUGCAAAUUGAUCUUUGAAAGAAACCAAUUAAUUAGACUUUUCUUCCAGGAGUU